AUGGAUUUUGAACCCUCACCAGCUCCUUUGGCAAUAACUUCAAACCAGACCACAGCAAUCCAUCCAGAAGGGAAGCUUAAGGGGAAAUUAAAAACUUGGAAGAGAUCAUCCAAUAAGGAAGGCAGACUUCUCAGACAAAUUGCUGAUCCUAUCAAAUCUGCCACACCUGUAAGUUGCAAGAGACAGAGAUCUGAGGACAAAGGCAUUAAUUACAAUGACGACGCGGAUGAUGACACUACCAGCCCACCGACUCAGCCAGCUCCGGCAACGGCUUUAUCAAGGGUUUCUUCGCCUUCUCCCGCCGAGAAUUGA